AUGGAUAACACAGCAAAGCUUUGGGAUGUUGAAACCGGGCAGGAGUUACAUACUUUGUUUGGACACACUGCUGAAAUCGUGAGUCUCAACUUUGACACUCAGGGUGAGCGUAUCAUCACGGGUUCUUUCGACCAUACUGUCAAAGUGUGGGACGUUCGAAGUGGCCGUUGCAUUCAUACUCUUGCAGGUCAUCACGGUGAGAUUUCAAGCACGCAAUUUAAUUACACAGGUGACCUUUGCAUCAGUGGAUCGAUUGAUCGAACGUGUAAGAUUUGGGAUGUUGCCUCUGGCCAAAAUGUACAAACCCUUCGAGGUCAUAACGAUGAAAUCUUAGACGUGAGUUUCAAUGCCACUGGCUCAAAACUCGUUACAGCGUCUGCAGAUGGCACGUCACGCAUUUAUAACACUAUGACGGGUGCAUGUCAAGCUAUCUUGAUUGGUCACGAAGCUGAAAUUUCAAAAGUUUGCUUUAACCCGCAAAGCUCGAAAGUCCUUACGGCCAGCAGUGAUAAAGUCGCACGGUUGUGGGAAGUGGAAACUGGUGAUUGUCUACAGAUGCUGGAGGGCCAUACGGACGAGAUUUUCAGCUGUGCGUUCAAUUACGAAGGCGACACUGUCAUUACAGGUACAAUAGCAACAAUUUUUUUUGCUUCAUUGGUUUCCGUAAAUUCACGUCCAUAA